AUGAGUGGAAUAAGGUCAAUGAUAAGUGUGAUUCCUCACUGCACCGGGUCUUCAAGGUUUUCUUACAACAAUACAACUGUGUUCUGCACUGUUCAUGGACCAUCAGAUGCCACGUCUAGGCAAGAAGAUCCAGAAAAGGCUUUCCUAGAUGUGAGAUGGAAGGACAUGAUACUCAUAAAUGGAAGAAUCUAUGACAAAUACUUCUCAAAAGUGAUUGAAAGAGUUCUUUCUAAGAACAUUAUUUUGGAGCUGGAUGCAUGCAGGACAAUACAAGUAGGCUUUAAUGUUGUGGGAGAAACAAGGAAUGCCUUGUUUUGUGCUGUGAAUGCAGCGCUUUUGGCCCUUGCAGAUGGAGGUAUCCCGCUAAAGUCCAUGUUUUAUGCUAGCAGUUCAUUUAUGCACGAAGAGGAAGUUAUUAUUUUUGACGGUGAAGGGAAUAUAGUGGAUAGUCACGCAUUCGAAGCUAUUUCAGGAGAGAACAUAGACAGCGCAAAGGACUUCCUUAAAUACGUUAAGGAAGUGCAGGUUUAUACUUUGAGGUCCAAAUUUCCUUUUCCUAUUGUCUAA